AGAGCUGUUACAUGCGUGACAUGUAAAACACACUGGCAAAGCCGCACAAGUGAGAAAAAAAUCAUGUCAUUUUUGGUAUUCCUAACGUUUGCCUGUUUGAUUCUUUCAACACCAGCUGACCACUGUCAUAAAAGCCAACACUGUUCAAACUGUGAUCCAGCAUCAGGAAACUGCAUCACAGAAUGCGAAACUGGAUAUUACGAUCUAAAAUGCAAGUCUGAAUGCAGCAAGAAUUGCAAAGAGAAGAAAUGCAAAUUAUUAGAAAAUACUGGCAUUGGUAAUUGCACAGAAGGUUGUGAACCAGGGUAUCACGGUGUAAACUGCAAACUAAUUUGUCCAGUUCCAACACAAAACUGCUCCAAAUGUCCAGGUGGAUGUGACGGGGAAUACUGUCAAGAUUCCUACUACGGCUCAGCUUGCAAGGAUUGUUCCAAGAGAUGUCAAUCGUGCAAUAGAAUAACAGGAACAUGUGACCAGUGCCAUUCAGAUUAUCAUGGCAAAAACUGUGAGUACUCGUGUAAUUACUGUUCGGGAUCAUGUGUCGGUGAAUGUGCACGAGUAUGUGCUCCUGGAUUAUACGGGACUGAAUGUGCUGAAAUGUGCAGUGAAAACUGUCUUCCUAACCCAGUGUUCUAUUCUGAGGGCCAGUGUGUGGAAGAAGAUGGAAACAUUACAAACGAGUGUACACCAGAAUGCCACAACGAGAGUGGUCAGUGCAUUCAUGGAUGUGUGGCUGGAUGGUAUGGCCCAAUGUGUGAAUUUCAGUGUAACUCCAACUGUUUUAACAAACAAUGUGACAACACAAGUGCCUGUGACGAGGGUUGUACAGCUGGUCAUUUUGGAAAGGACUGCAUACCAUGUUCUGACAUCUGCGCUAGUUACACUUGCAAAUCAAACAACGGGUCUUGUUUACACAACUGCAACAGUGAGGUGUAUGGACAAUUCUGUAAUCUCACCAAUAAGACAUGCAUUGAUGAUGUGUGUGCUCAGAUUACUGACAAAUGUAUCAAGGAAUGCACCAUCACUGAGGAAGGAUGUAUGCGUACUUGUUCAGAAGACAUUCCAACAACCGAGUGCAGCGACGAAUCUUGUGUCACAGGUAAAUCGGCGAGUGGCAUAAACCUGUACGCAGUAUCACUGAUAGCAGCACUGUUUGUGGCAGUAGCAGGAUGUUGCAUCUGUUACCGCAGGGGUCUCACUACGACGAGGAAUAAUCAGCAGGGUGAGAGUGAACAUGGAGCAGGAACACCACAAGAAGAAAGAGGAGAGUACGAGGCCUUACAUCGGUAUUGUGAAAUUAGAGAAACAGACAUGGACAAGGAGUCUGAGACAUCAAACAGCCAAGAAAUCGGGCAAGAGAUGGCCCCCGCCUUUCCUGUUUUAGCGGGUUGUUCUUUCCAAACAAGAGGCACUGGUCUUGCUGACGGAGAUGCAAACAUAACAGGAAUUUCGUCUGGAGCAACAGAAACAGACACAGCUAUAGAUGCACGAUAUGUAUCGCCAGUUGCUGAUGAUUAGAUUUUAACCUGAUUGUAGUGAGUCGGUGAGUUAGUAUAGUCGUACGCUGAUUUUAGCAAUGUCUAAGAAAUAUCACUGCGGGGACACUAGAAAUGGGUUUCAAAAAUUUUACCAAUGUGGGGAAUCGACCCACCUUGACGAGUGGGUUCUUUAACCAUUAGUUUACACCCACCGCCUUUAA